GGCCUUGUGGGGAGGUGUAGCAGGUCGGUAGAGGGAGACUGUGUUGGCGGAAGAGGCUCGGCGGCUGAUGGCGGCUCAGGCUCGGAAGCCUCUCUAACAUUCCCCUCUGCUCGGGAGUUCCUCACUCGAUUCACAAUGACAUCCUUUCAAGAAGUUCCACUGCAGACUUCCAACUUUGCCCAUGUCAUCUUUCAAAAUGUGGCCAAGAGCUAUCUUCCUAAUGCACACCUAGAAUGUCAUUAUACCUUAACUCCAUAUAUCCAUCCCCAUCCAAAAGAUUGGGUUGGUAUAUUCAAGGUUGGAUGGAGUACUGCUCGUGAUUAUUACACGUUUUUAUGGUCCCCUGUGCCUGAACAUUAUGUAGAAGGAUCAACAGUCAAUUGUGUGUUAGCAUUUCAAGGAUAUUACCUUCCAAAUGAUGAUGGAGAAUUUUAUCAGUUCUGUUAUGUUACCCAUAAGGGUGAAAUUCGUGGAGCAAGUACACCUUUUCAGUUUCGAGCUUCUUCUCCAGUUGAAGAGUUGCUUACUAUGGAAGAUGAAGGAAAUUCUGACAUGUUGGUGGUGACCACAAAAGCUGGCCUUCUUGAGUUGAAAAUUGAGAAAACCAUGAAAGAAAAAGAAGAACUGUUAAAGUUAAUUGCUGUUCUGGAAAAAGAAACAACACAACUUCGAGAACAAGUUGGAAGAAUGGAAAGAGAACUUAACCAUGAGAAAGAAAGAUGUGACCAACUGCAAGCAGAGCAAAAGGUUCUUUUUGAAGUCUCACAAAGUUUAAAAAUGGAAAAUGAAGAAUUUAAGAAGAGAUACAAUGAUGCUACAUCCAAAGCCCUCCAGCUUGAGGAAGAUAUUGUGUCAGUCACACAUAAAGCGAUUGAAAAAGAAACUGAAUUAGACAGUUUAAAGGACAAACUCAGAAAGGCACAAUAUGAAAGAGAACAGCUUGAAUGUCAAUUGAAGACAGAAAAGGAUGAGAAGGAACUUUAUAAGGUACAUUUGAAGAAUACAGAAAUAGAAAAUACCAAGCUUGUGUCAGAGGUCCAGACUUUAAAGAAUUUAGAUGGGAACAAAGAAAACAUGAUUACUCAUUUCAAAGAAGAGAUUAGCAGACUGCAGUUCUGUUUGGCUGAAAAGGAGAAUCUACAAAGGGCUUUCUUGCUUACCACCUCAACUAAGGAAGAUACAGUUUUCUUCAAGGAGCAACUUCGUAAAGCAGAGGAACAGGUUCAGGCAACUCGGCAAGAAGCUGUCUUUCUGGCUAAAGAACUUAGCGAUGCUGUAAAUGUGCGGGAUAAGACGAUGGCAGAUCUGCACACUGCACGCUUGGAAAAUGAGAGAGUGAAAAAGCAGUUAGCUGAUGCAGUGGCAGAGCUUAAACUAAGUGCUGUGAGAAAAGACCAGGAAAAGACUGAUACACUGGAACACGAACUGAGAAGAGAAGUUGAAGAUCUGAAACUUCGUCUUCAGAUGGCAGCAGAUCAUUAUAAAGAAAAAUUCAAGGAAUGCCAGAGGCUCCAAAAACAAAUAAACAAACUUUCAGACCAAUCAGCUAAUAACAAUAGUGUCUUCACAAAGAAAACUGGGAGUCAGCAGAAAGUGAAUGAUGCCUCAAUAAACACAGACCCAGCUACUACUGCCUCUACUCUUGAUGUAAAGCCACCACCUUCUACAGCUGAGGUAGAUUUUGACAAUCUAACUAAGGGACAAGUCUCUGAAAUGACCAAAGAAAUUGCUGCAGAAAAGUAUAAUAAAUGUAAACAACUCUUGCAGGAUGAGAAAACAAAAUGCAAUAAAUAUGCUGAUGAACUUGCAAAAAUGGAGCUGAAAUGGAAAGAACAAGUAGAAAUUGCUGAAAAUGUGAAACUAGAACUAGCUGAAGUAGAAGAGAAUUACAAACUUCAAUUGGCAGAGAAGGACAAAGAGAUAAAUGGUCUAACUUCAUAUUUGGAAAACCUCUCCAGGGAGAAGGAACUUAAAAGGAGUCUAGAAAAUCAAGCAGAAAGGAAAUUGGAGGGUCAGAAUUCCCAGAGUCCUCAGCAGAUCUCACAGUGUUUCAACACCAGCUCAGAGCAAAAUGGUCAUGUUCCUGCAGUGCCAAAUACACAACCAGUUCUGCAGUUUGGUAAUCCUUAUGCAACACAGGAAACAAGAGAUGGAGCAGAUGGUGCUUUUUACCCAGAUGAAAUCCAAAGGCCACCUGUGAGAGUACCCUCUUGGGGACUGGAAGAUAAUGUUGUCUGCAGCCAGCCUGCUCGAAACCUAAGUCGACCUGAUGGUUUAGAAGACCCUGAGGAUAGUAAAGAAGACGAGAACGUGCCCCCUGCUCCUGAUCCUCCAAGUCAGCAUUUACGUGGGCACGGAACAGGCUUUUGCUUUGAUCCCAGCUUUGAUGUUCAGAAGAAAUGUCCACUCUGUGAAUUAAUGUUCCCUCCCAACUAUGAUCAGAGCAAAUUUGAAGAACAUGUUGAAAGUCACUGGAAGGUGUGCCCAAUGUGCAGCGAGCAGUUCCCUCCUGACUAUGACCAGCAGGGGUUUGAAAGGCAUGUACAGACCCAUUUUGAUCAGAAUGUUUUAAAUUUUGACUAGUUAAUUUUUAUUAGGAGUUAAUAAUACAGUUUAGCAGUUGGAAAAAAAAUCACCUCAGACCACUAAGGAGACCACAAGGUGUCACUUUCGUGCACCCUCUACUGCACUUUUCUGACCAAGAGCUACUUUGAGUUUGGUGUUACUAGUGUCAGGGUCAGUCCUUGGCUUACCACUUAUCAAUAAAUAUAAUUUUAACCUCUGUUAAUCUUACCUGCUUAAGAAGUUCUUGUGUGUUUGUAUCUUUAUUUAUUCCCCAUUUUGCAAAAUUAUAUGAAUGAAGGAAACGGAUUAUUUUCAUGUUACCACACUGAAAAAAUAGGUAUGUAUAGUGUGUUAUUUAGCAGAAUAUUUACACAUCUCUGUUGACCUUGUUGAUUGAGCAUGACUACUAAAAAUUAUGUAAUACAAAGAAUUUAUCAUAAGUCUUGCAGUUAUUCUUUUGAAUACAGAAACUUCAUAAUUUAGCCCAUGAAAUGUUUUUUUUUUCACCCUCUUUAGAAAGGGAGCUGCAUGUAGAAUGAGAUCACAUGCUUCCAAGAUAGCAAAUAUCCUUUUUAUAUUUGAAAUCUUUGCUUUAGGAAUUAAUAGAAAGCAUAUUUUGCUAAUUUUAUGACUAAAAAAUUUUAGAAUACCUGAAUGAUUAUUUUUAAGCCAUCUUAAAGUUGUAUUUCUAUUUGAUGGGGAAAUGGAACAAGAUAUGUCAGCGUAAUUGUUUCAAUAUUAAAUGAUCUACUAAACAGUGAUGGUUGUGGCAUAAAAUCACAGAAAAUGUAUGUCUUUUUUCACAUUUUCCUGAUAAGAGUAUAACUUUGAAAAAAUGUUCUCAGUAAGUGAUUAAAUAUGUAAUGCAUAAACCCAAAUCAAACUAUCGUGUUCGUUAUGACUCUGCUGUAUAUAGUGUAUUCAUUAACAUUAAAGUAGACACAUUUUUAGAAGUGUGUAAUUUCAUUGUCAGAUUUAUUUGUGAUUUUCAUUAAGUCUAGCAUCUUGAAUGUCUUUUUGGUCUGGGUCAUUAAAAAAAUUUUCUGAACUACAGUCCUUUCCUCUUUUAGAAUAUGAAUGUUAAGGAUUUAAAGUACUGACUUUUUGAUUUUGCUGUUUUUGUGGUUAUAUCAAAAUAUUUAAGCUUGUCUUAAGCAAACUAGCUAUCUAAGAUGUUAACUUAAUAUUCAGUGUAGUGGCAUUUCUGGGUACUACAUGUGAACCGCAUAUACAACAUCUCACUUGCAUUUGUUUCUAGGAGAAGAAUUCAUGUAUCAUCAUUGGAAUCCUUUAAAAGGUUUGAGCCUAGGGCAAAACAGUAUUGGCCAGUCAGAUAUCAGGACAUGGCAGACCUGGGAUGCAACAGUAAUGAAGACUCCAUGUUUUAAGCUUCUGGAUAGGUUAUAGGCUAAGCAGAAUAUAUUCAGGUAAAAUAGUUCAAUGAUAUGAACAUUUUUGUUGCAUCAGUUAAUAAUUAUGGACCAUGUUAACCUAAAAGUAAAGUAUCCUUUGAAUAUUACAGUGCUACUACCAGUGAAAUGAAAUUGUUCAUCAUACUGACCUAGGCAAAACAUUGAUGAAAUCUACAUGUGUCAGUCAGCUGAAUUCUGCACCCCCCGCCCCCCCCACCGCCCAAAAAAGGCAGCCUUAGAACAAGGUACUGAAUGGAUAUAUUCGUUUCUGUGGCAAACUUGAUACUGGUCUUUAUAAUGGAUGCUAAUGAAAAUAAAGAGCCAUGUUUAUUUUGGGUCA